UUUCUGCUUCAGGUAAUUAUUAUACAUCUGCAAUCUUUCCCCUCUGAACACAACUACCCCCCCCUGCUUUUCUCUGUAAAUCUUGGUGUCAUAAUCUUAUGGCAUUUCUCUACAUGGGUUUUGCAUGUGAGGAUGAUUUAGAGAAGAGCAAGAGGAUUACUCCGUUUAGAGAUGAUGGCGUGGUUGUGAUGAGCGAAAAUGAGACUGGAAAUCAUGAUUCUGAGUUCGGGCCAAUUGAGCACCCUGUUGAGCCGUUAGACGAGGAUCAACCUGUGAAGUGUCCCGUGCUUAAUUCUGCAGUACUGAAUAAUGGAAGCAAGCCAGAUGAACAAAUUUUAGAGAACUUACAAAAGAGAGCAGAGCAGCAAUCACGGCAAGAGCAAAGGGUCAUUGUGCCUGCAACAGAGGCGCCUGCUCAGAGAACAUUGCGCAAGAGGCACCAUACACAAACCAGUUUCGAAGAUUAUAGCAGCAGCCCUUUUCUGAGAAUGCCACCACGGGACCUUACAUUCUUCGAUGUGCUUCAGCAGGUCGAUAAAGCUUGAUUCUCCACUAUUUAACGCGCAUUGGUAGUUUUCAACAUUUAACCAGGUUACUUGGCUAAAUUUUCUAUCAUCUAGCUAGCUGCCUCAAUAUCAAACAAUCCUUGCAUUUCCACUAUAAGUACUAUGCAACUCUUAUUGUCAGCUUCAUAAUUAUUUGUAUAUUAUCAUCAAAUUAUGCUCCACUUAUGUUAUCCGGA